AUGGUAGACGGGCGAUCUUCUGCAUCAAUUGUUGCCGUUGAUCCCGAAAGGGCUGCGCGUGAGCGCGACGCAGCAGCGCGUGCCCUUCUUCAAGACAGUCCGCUACACACGACCAUGCAAUAUGCAACGUCUGGUCUUGAGCUUACCGUUCCCUACGCACUUAAGGUGGUUGCCAGUGCUGACACCUUCGAUCGCGCUAAGGAGGUUGCCGAUGAGGUGCUACGCUGCGCAUGGCAACUCGCCGACACCGUGUUGAACAGUUUCAACCCGAACAGUGAGGUUUCACUCGUGGGUCGCCUGCCUGUGGGGCAGAAGCACCAAAUGUCUGCUCCACUCAAGCGUGUGAUGGCAUGCUGCCAGCGUGUGUAUAACUCAUCGGCUGGAUGUUUUGAUCCCUCCACAGCACCCGUCGCAAAGGCGCUGCGUGAGAUUGCACUGGGGAAGGAGCGGAACAAUGCUUGUCUGGAGGCACUUACUCAAGCGUGUACGCUUCCCAACAGUUUUGUGAUCGAUUUCGAAGCUGGAACUAUCAGCCGUAAGCACGAGCAUGCGUCUCUGGACCUAGGUGGGGUUAGCAAAGGUUAUAUCGUUGAUUAUGUCAUUGAUAAUAUCAAUGCUGCUGGAUUUCAAAACGUUUUUUUUGACUGGGGUGGAGACUGCCGUGCGAGUGGUAUGAACGCGCGCAAUACCCCGUGGGUUGUUGGUAUAACUCGCCCUCCGUCCCUUGAUAUGCUCCGCAACCCGCCAAAGGAAGCGUCGUAUAUCAGCGUUAUCUCUCUCGACAACGAGGCCCUUGCCACGAGUGGCGAUUAUGAAAACUUAAUAUACACCGCUGAUGAUAAACCCCUUACCUGCACUUAUGACUGGAAGGCGAAGGAACUGAUGAAACCUUCUCAGUCCAAUAUCGCGCAGGUAUCGGUUAAAUGUUAUAGCGCCAUGUACGCUGACGCGCUUGCGACUGCGUGUUUCAUAAAGCGGGAUCCCGCGAAGGUUCGACAGCUGCUGGACGGUUGGCGUUACGUGCGUGAUACAGUGAGAGAUUACAGGGUCUACGUUCGUGAAAAUGAGCGAGUAGCGAAGAUGUUUGAAAUCGCCACAGAGGAUGCGGAAAUGAGGAAGAGGCGGAUCAGCAACACACUUCCCGCUCGUGUCAUUGUGGUGGGCGGUGGUCUCGCGGGUUUGUCCGCGGCCAUCGAAGCUGCAGGAUGCGGUGCUCAGGUUGUGCUUAUGGAGAAGGAGGCGAAGCUCGGAGGCAACAGCGCCAAGGCGACAUCUGGUAUCAACGGAUGGGGCACACGUGCUCAGGCGAAGGCAAGCAUUGUGGAUGGUGGGAAAUACUUCGAGCGUGACACAUACAAGUCUGGUAUCGGGGGUAACACCGAUCCUGCCCUUGUGAAGACACUUUCUAUGAAAAGUGCUGACGCUAUUGGGUGGCUGACCUCGUUGGGUGUACCGCUGACGGUAUUGUCACAGCUUGGGGGUCACAGCCGCAAGCGCACACAUCGGGCACCGGAUAAGAAAGAUGGUACACCUCUACCUAUCGGAUUUACAAUCAUGAAAACCCUCGAGGAUCACGUGCGUGGUAACCUUUCUGGCCGCAUCACCAUAAUGGAAAACUGCAGUGUAACGUCGUUGCUCAGUGAGACGAAGGAACGGCCAGAUGGCACUAAACAGAUACGAGUUACUGGUGUGGAGUUCACGCAGGCUGGCAGUGGGAAGACGACCAUACUUGCAGAUGCUGUCAUCCUUGCCACUGGUGGAUUUUCUAACGACAAAACUGCAGACUCCCUGCUUCGUGAGCACGCCCCGCACUUGGUCAACUUCCCUACGACGAAUGGCCCGUGGGCGACAGGUGAUGGCGUGAAACUUGCACAGCGACUUGGCGCUCAACUGGUGGAUAUGGACAAGGUCCAGUUGCAUCCGACAGGCCUCAUCAACCCGAAGGAUCCAGCGAACCCUACAAAGUUCCUUGGACCUGAGGCGCUACGUGGAUCCGGUGGCGUUUUGUUAAACAAGCAAGGCAAGCGCUUCGUUAAUGAACUUGACCUCCGUUCUGUGGUAUCGAAAGCCAUCAUGGAACAGGGUGCGGAAUAUCCUGGAUCGGGUGGUAGCAUGUUCGCCUACUGUGUGUUGAAUGCUGCGGCGCAGAAGCUCUUUGGUGUCAGCUCACACGAGUUCUACUGGAAGAAGAUGGGUCUCUUCGUGAAGGCUGACACCAUGAGGGACCUCGCUGCACUCAUUGGGUGCCCAGUGGAAUCUGUGCAGCAGACGCUGGAGGAGUACGAGCGGCUCUCCACAUCACAGCGUUCCUGCCCCAUCACGCGCAAGAGCGUCUAUCCGUGCGUGCUCGGCACUAAGGGCCCCUACUACGUCGCCUUCGUGACACCUUCGAUUCACUACACAAUGGGUGGAUGUCUCAUCUCGCCUUCUGCUGAAAUACAAAUGAAGAACACAUCAUCACGCGCUCCACUGAGUCACAGCAACCCAAUCCUCGGGUUAUUUGGUGCCGGUGAGGUAACGGGUGGUGUGCACGGUGGGAACCGGUUGGGCGGCAAUUCGCUGCUUGAGUGCGUCGUGUUUGGGAGAAUUGCGGGUGAUCGGGCCUCGACCAUCCUUCAGAGGAAGUCCUCAGCACUUUCCUUCAAGGUGUGGACGACCGUGGUGCUGCGUGAAGUACGCGAAGGUGGUGUGUACGGUGCUGGGUCCCGCGUGCUUCGCUUUAAUUUACCCGGGGCGCUGCAACGGUCUGGUCUGAGCCUCGGCCAAUUUAUCGCAAUUCGUGGUGAUUGGGACGGUCAGCAGUUGAUCGGUUAUUACAGUCCCAUCACGCUGCCAGAUGAUCUUGGCAUGAUCGAUAUACUCGCCCGCAGUGAUAAGGGGACGCUGAGGGAGUGGAUUUCCGCUCUGGAGCCGGGUGACGCUGUGGAGAUGAAGGCAUGCGGUGGUCUGGUGAUUGAGCGCCGCUUAAGCGAUAAGCACUUUGUGUUCAUGGGACACAUUAUCAACAAGCUUUGUCUAAUUGCUGGUGGAACGGGUGUGGCACCGAUGCUGCAAAUAAUCAAAGCAGCCUUUAUGAAACCCUUCAUUGACACAUUGGAGAGCGUUCAUCUCAUCUAUGCCGCGGAGGACGUAACGGAGUUGACGUAUCGCGAGGUGCUGGAGGAGCGCCGUCGUGAGUCACGUGGAAAGUUCAAGAAAACGUUUGUCCUCAACCGGCCCCCGCCCCUAUGGACUGAUGGUGUUGGCUUCAUCGACCGGGGCAUCCUCACAAAUCAUGUGCAGCCGCCAUCUGACAACCUGCUGGUGGCCAUAUGCGGACCACCGGUAAUGCAGCGCAUUGUAAAGGCGACCCUGAAGACUUUGGGCUACAACAUGAACCUUGUGAGGACUGUGGAUGAAACGGAGCCGAGCGGCUCAUCCAAAAUUUGA